AUGCCCUCCUCCGCCCCCCUUCGCGAGAAGAAAAAAGAACCCCCAAUCAGCUACGACAUCAACAUCCCCUACGUGGAUGUCGAGAAACAAUCCAAGAUCAAAACCAAAUACCCCCAAUAUCUCCCCAGCUGGGAUCCCAUCUUCUUCGACCCCCUCACACCAUUCGAAUACAAAGACCCAGCCCUCCGCGCCAACAAGAACAAGCGCAACCUACUCAAUGAAUCCGCCACAGUCACCCACAUCCAGCCCAACAUCGGCUCAGUAGUCGAAGGCGUGCAACUCUCCACCCUCACAUCCGCCGGCCGCGAUGAGCUAGCCCUCCUCAUCGCCGAGCGCAAAGUCCUCGCCUUCCCCGACCAAGAUCUCAUCGACGCCGGCCCAGACGCCCAAGAGGAAUUCAUGCGCCACUUCGGCAAGCCCAAUUACCAGCCCGUCUCGGGCUCCAUGACCGACCACCCGGCCUUCCAUAUCAUCCAUCGCGACGGCAACCGCGACGAGAUCGCCCGCUUCCUCGAGCAGCGCACUACCACCACCCUCUGGCACCAGGAUGUCAGCUAUGAAAUCCAGCCGCCGGGCUAUGUCAUGCUGGGUCUGCUGCAGGGCCCCGAGGUCGGCGGCGAUACUGUCUUCGCCGCCACGGAUAUGGCCUAUAAGCGGCUGUCGCCGACCUUUGCUAGUUUCUUAGAUUCGUUGAAGGUGACGCAUACCUCGGCCAAGAUGAUUAAUCAUACCCGUUUGGCUGGCGGGCUCGUCAGGAAGGAUGCGGUUGAUACGCUGCAUCCGUUGGUGCGCGUGCACCCCGUGACGGGGGAGAAGUGUUUGUUUUUGAAUGGCGAGUUUAUUACGAGGAUUCAGGGUUUGAAGGAUUCUGAGAUGAAGUGGUUGUUGGAUUUCCUGAUGAAUCAUUUGGUGACUGGGCAUGAUUUCCAGGCGAGGGUGAGGUGGCAGCCGAGGACGAUUGUGAUGUUUGACAAUCGGUCGACUAUUCACUCUGCUAUUGUGGACUACUUGGAUGAUGACUAUGGUGCCAAAGCUCGUCAUAUCUUCCGUCUCAUUGCGCUCGCUGAGAAACCGAUUCCUGUGUACGACGAUUUCUCGGAAUAG